AAAGACAGAAAAAACUGGUCUUGUGGGGAUUCAAAGGACUGAGACCUCUUGGACUGAGAGGCAAGGACAUAAAUUAAAUGAUAUGAGAAAUCAGUAGACUGAGACAUCUGAAUUUUGAUAAUGUGGGGAUUCAAUAAUAUCAACCAGAUUACAGGGUAGGUUCUAACAGGGGAAGAAAUUACUGAUGAGUUGUUUACGAAAGGUUUUAUAAAGAAAGACGAAAAUUACGCGACAGAAAAUCUCAUAAUGAGGAUUCACAAGUAUUGCUUUCGACAAAUUUGUAUGUUUUUGUCAGGGGGACGUGAGGACCUGAAAGCCGCAAACAGUUUUCUGAAACGUGGACACCUUAAAAAUCACAAUCAUUCUUCCAAUGUUUUUAUCAAACCAGUCUAUAAAAAGACGCUAUUCCGGGCAAGAACAGUUUCAGAUUAAAAAAAUACAAAAUUAUUCAUUCGUCCCCUCAUACAACAAUGCCAUCCCUCUACUUCAGUUUCCUCUCGCAUUCAAUAUUUACCCCUCCAUCAGUAAACCAUUGUCUUCGACUUAAACCCUCGAUAAAUAUAUAUUUUCGAAAAAUUACAUGCGAAUUGAACUCAAGGGAGCCCAAUUUUGAGACGAAUUCUAGUCAAAUUACACUUCUGAAACCCUGCAAAGACAACGGUAACAAUGGCGGGCCGCUGUUCGUGUAUGCUCCUGGCAUGGACUGCACAGGCCGGGGGAUUCGCAAACAAUUGAGCUCGCUUUGUUCUGCCGGGUAUGAUGUUCGAUGUAUCUACAUUCCACAUACAGAUAGGUCAUCUUGGAAUGAGAUAGUGGAUACACUAGUUCCUUUACUGGAAGGGGAAUGCCGAUAUAAAGCACAAAAUCGUCAUGUCACAUUGAUGGGUGAAUCUUUUGGUGCAGUACUUGCUCUACGUAUAGCUUGUGCAGCUCCCAAACUUAGUUCCAGAAUGAUAGUGAUUAAUUCAGCCACAAAUUUGAAAUUCAGCAACCCAUUUGUUAGUGCCUUUGCCCGGACAGGCUUAUUAGUAACUCUUCCUAAUUAUAUAUACACACUUUCUCAGCAUGUUGGACUGGCCCUCAUGGUGAAGUACGAUCUUGUUUCCAACAGAGGCAUUGGAGAUAUAGGCCCCCCAAUUGAUUCAUUACCUGCUGAUUGUGCAGCAUGGAGAUUUUCGAUGCUAAAUGAUGAUGCUGGUCUCUCAGAAGAUGAUAUUCGAUCAAUAGACAUACCUACAAUUGUGAUUGUCUCAGCAGAAGACUACGUCCUUUCUUCAUUAGCUGAAGGUGCACGCUUGCAGAACUUGCUAGAAAAUGCAAAACGAGUUACUCUUCCACAAAGUGGUCAUGCUGCUCUUCUCGAGGAUUCUAUAGAUUUGGUGGCUAUUAUGCAAGCAAAUGGGUUCCAUACACCAAAUGCAUCUAUAUCUCCUACGUUUCAAAAAGAUGAAGUCUUUUUGAGGAGGAAGAAGGCUGUUCAGGAUGAAGUGCUUGAUGAAAUGGGUUAUAUUGUUGCUCCAUGGAGAUUUUUGACAUCACCUUUAAUCAGUGGUGAGGAAAACUUACCGAACCCUUGUCUACAGCCCAGAAGACCGGUGUUAUUUGUUGGCAACCACACUUUAUUUGGAGCAUAUGAUACUCCAAUUCUUCUUUAUGAACUUUUUUUGCGAGGAUUUCAUGCUCGAGGUUUGGCUCAUUCUGGGCAUUGGUAUACGAUGAUUGGGAGUAUUUUUGAAAGUUUCUGUGAAAGAAUUUAUGAAGCGUUGUAUUCACAUGGAAACUCAUAA